UUUCAUAAAAAGCUUAACGAUAUUUGUGUCCUUCACCACCAUCUGCUUCUAAUUUGAUUAUGAAAUCACUCCUUGCAGGCCGCACACAACGGUAUGACGGGUAAUCAGCAGCGAAUAAAAAAUCUGGAGAAGCAAGACUGGAGAGUGUUGGUGCGCGAUCCUUCCUUCAGAGAGUUCCUGAAGAAGGAGAUAUUGCGCUCAGGUGGCCCUGCCUAUGCCCAGUAUGACGCCAUCAUCGACGAGGCUGCUGAGGCGGCGGAGAGGCUCCAGAAACAGUCUGGGGGUGACCUGCACAAAAUCACGGAAGAGGUAGUGGCGGAGGCGGAAGUUCGGGGACUGAGACAAGAGAGGGCGGCAGCGCUCCGGCACCUGUACGAUGUAGUGACCCAGCGAGCCAAAGGACAAGUUCACGACAAGGGUUUUAACGGAGAGCAAAGCGAAAGAGAAUCUUCGAGACGAUACAGUUAUGUCCCCCACAACAAUUACUACUACGCUCCCUUAUCUACCAUACCAAUGAAUGACAUGGUAGAGAUUUUCAAUGCACUAAAUCCUGGUUAUAAUGUAGAUGCAUCUUCAUUCAACGACCGGUCUUCCUACAACCAGCAACCAAAGCCCUCUGGAUACGGCCAAGCUCCUCCCUCCUACAAACCUCCUCCAGUCAUCGAGGUGUGUCCGUCAGGUCACAGCGGAGUGUUUUCCUUCUUUGCCUUCCUCACCCUCCUCCUCACCCUCAUGAUCGACUUUACUCUCAACAUCAACAUCAAUGCCACAGGAAUCGGCGGCAUUGGCAUUGGAGGCGGCAACAAUAACAACAACAAUAACAAUAAUAACAAUAACAACAACAACAAUAAUAAUAAUAAUAAUAAUAAUAAUAACAACAACAACAAGCGAGGUUUUUCCACGAUAGUCAAUAGUUUUGGCGGUCUGGACAUAAACUGGGCCUCGGUGUCUGAUCUGAACCUCAUCGACCAUACCGUGACGCGUAAUGGCGAUGGACAGCCUCGUAGGCCCCGCCACUUGUCACCCAGCAGUCCUCACGCUCAGCAAAUCAAAGGAAGAAAAUUCAUCACAGCCUUCGAUGUUUGGAGAGAUGCUUACCCGCUUGGAUCUAUCUUUGAUUCCCCACACGAGACAGGGGAGGAGCCGCCUUCACAAGAUCACCUGAGUGGUCUGUAUGAUGUUACAACCCUCACACACUCAUUCAAUUCUUCAUUACUACCAUACUACAGUUAUGCCUUUACCUCUCAUCAUUCGCCGUCUACUGGCCCGUUCACCUCGUCUCAGUCGAUACGGCAUAAAGAAGAAAAAAAGAUAAGUGAAAAUAUUGAUCAAACACUGGACAUGAAAAAUGACUCUGAGGGAAUAGAUUCGUUUACUAACAGGUCGGUGGCCCCAGUGUUAGAGACUGCGAAGGACUCGGAAUCAGAGGACAAUAGUAACUGGCAUCGGUUGCAGGAAAUAGUCGAGGCAGAAAUAAGAAAAUAUUUAAACGCUGAAGAGAAGACCCCGAAGAUCACGACUGACACCCAUGUGGAAGGAUCCCGUCAAGAACGAUCAAAGCAGUGGAAGGACAAAGGACAUGGAGAUGUUCCUAACGAGCACUACGAGUCAUUUAUCCUACCUGGCAAUAAGGUGAGUCUUCAGCGAUGGUGUACUAGCGGCUUCGAGUGCCAGGGGGCGGCAGUGAGAGCAGCCUUCCAGGUGAUGCGCGGGCACAUGCUGGCACUGGCUGAGACCCAAACGGACUGCGUGCUGUGGCUGCUAUGUGAUGCUGCUGCCCGAGCCUCUGCUGAAGGAGCUGUCGGGGCCAUGGCUGCCACUUUGGCCAGUGGGUUGGCCAGCCAGUUCCCGGAGGCAGUGGGCGGCGUGGACAUGCGGGCGCUGCUGACAGCGAGGAACGUGGGUCUCCGCACGGCUGACUGUUCCAGUUUCCAAGCGUCAGGAUGCCACGUGGCUGGAUUUAACCCCAGCAGACGUGAUCACUGAGACUAUACCCUGGCCGGUGGACCUCGCCGUGACUCUUCUAUCUGAACAA